AUGACGGGGAAGGUCCCCUCGUUCUCCCCCGGCUCCACACUGAGCUCCGCUCUGCCCGGCUACGUCACUCUCUGCCUCGCUCUACAGGUUCACAGGCUGGUGUCAGUGCAAUUCACAGUGACUGGACCUGACCUUCCAAUCACUGCCUCCCUAGGGAGUGAGGCCAUCCUGUCCUGCCACCUCUCCCCCAGGAUAAGCGCUGAGAACAUGGAGGUGAGAUGGUUCCGAUCCCAGUUCUCUGCAAUCGUGCACCUGUACCGUGGUGGGCAGGAUCAGUACGGACAGCAGAUGCCGGAAUAUCGAGGAAGAACUGAGCUCUUGAAAGACAACAUCACCAAUGGGAGUGUUUCCCUGAGAAUACACGAUAUCCGACCCUCCGAUGAUGGACAGUAUAAGUGUUUUUUUAAAUCCAGCAUGUCUUAUGAAGAAGCUUUAUUAGAACUGCAGGUGGCAGGUUUGGGCUCUGCUCCUGCCAUCUCUGUGGAGGGACAUCAGGACAGAGGGAUCCGGGUGGUGUGUCGAUCAGCCGGAUGGUACCCACAGCCCGAAGCUCAGUGGAGAGCUCUCCAGGGGCAGCUCUUACCAUCAGCCUCUGAAAACAUAUCCCCAGAGGCCAAUGGCCUGUUUCAAACAGAGAUUGCCAUUGUUCUAACUGAAGAGUCCAGCCAGAAAGUGUCCUGCUGUGUCAGGAACCCGCGACUCAACCAGGAGAGAGAGUCACAGAUUUCUAUAGCAGAGCUGUUUUUUCCGCGAGUCAGUCCCUGGAUGGUGGCUCUUGGGGUGAUCCUGGCUCUCCUGGCUGUUCUCAUUCCCCUGGCCACUUACUGCUUCUGGAGGCAGCACAGAGCAAAAGACAGACUCCAGGCUGAGCUCAGGUGGAGACGUGCCCAGAUCUACUCAGUGGACGUGACUCUGGAUCCAGACACGGCAAAUCCCUGGCUCGUCCUGUCUGAGGAUCGGAAACGUGUGAGACUCGGAGACACACGCCAGGAUCUGCCCGACAACCCUGAGAGAUUUGAUCCUUUUCCCUGUGUCCUGGGCGCUGAGGGGUUCGCGGGCGGGAGGCGUUACUGGGAGGUGGAGGUGGGAGACAAGACGAGAUGGGACCUGGGGGUUUGUAGGGAAUCUGUGAGCAGGAAGGGGCAAGUCACAGCCACACCUUUGGAUGGAUUCUGGAUCUUGUGGCUGGGGAAUGGAGGAUACCAGGCCUGCACCUCCCCCUCGACCCCCCUCCCCGUGAGCGUCAGGCCCAGCCGGGUGGGGAUUUUCGUGGACUAUGAGGCGGGCGAGGUCUCAUUUUACAAUGUGACUGACAGGUCCCAUCUCUUCACUUUCACUGGCACCUUCUCCGGGACGCUCCGCCCUUAUUUCUAUCCUGGUCUCAACGCUGGGGGUACAAACGCGGCUCCCCUGAUAAUCUGCCUGGUCCCAGCUCAGGCCGGAGGGAAUCUCAGUCCCUGACAGUGACCCCGCGGCACAGACUGGCCCCUCCCAGCCCUGCUGCUCUUUCCGUCCCUGUGGUGGGGGCCUGUUACUGCAGCAACUGGACUUUCUGUGCUGACCGGACACUGCCAGUUUCCCUUUUCAACUGGAGGUCCCAGUCGAAAAACAGACACCUGGGAACCCCCAGCCCCCACCUUCCCCGUCCCCUGCCCCAGGGGUAGCAGAUGGUGGGGGAUGGGGUCAUUCACUCCUGUCAGAAUUUUCUACCCCUGUGAAAU